AUGCCCGACAUGUGGGAGAGCCCCGUACUACACAGAGAGAGUGUGGAUACCUUGGACUACGAGCCGCCCCCGGUGCUGCCACCGCGGCGCCCGCCCUGGCCGUCCAACAGCCCGAGCAGCACCGCCUCGAGGUACAUCGGGCAGCGCACCGCCAUCAUCGCCACCACGUCUCCGCUGACACCGACGGCGGCUACGACGACUACCACGUCGACGACGCCACUGACAACGACGCUAGUACCGGCGCCGUCCGCCUCUCAAGGCUCAACGACCUCCUCGUCUGCGCGAGUGUCGCCGCAGCCGCCACCCUUGACGCCGCCCCAGUAUCCUGCGCCUCCACGGCCCCCUAGUCGAAACGGUGGGGAUGAAGCGCGUGUCGCGAGGGCGAGAGGAAGCGGACGCGGAGCAUUACCGAGCCUCGUCCUCGCUAAUGGAACGCCCUUGUCGAGAGUGCCACCACCUCGCGCGGGCUGGGCAGUGCGGAUCAACGAGGCGACACUUACUACCCCAAAUCCUCAACAGCAGCAACACUAUCUCCAGCAACACCUCCGCCAUCCAUCGAGUCCAGGUACACCGAGAGCCGUCGAACAAUGGGCUAGCGAGCGGGCAGCGUCGUCGGCUUUGUCGGUUCGUCGUUCCACAUCACCAUCCUCGCCAGAAGCAGCAACGAGACAGGGAACAACAGGAUCGUCGAGAAGGCUCCUCUCUAGGGCAGCCGCCGGUGGAGGAGGAGGAGGAGGAGGAACCGGAAGCGGAGGAAGAGUCGGCGGAGAAGAAGGCGGCGCAAAGGUCAGCGAUACUGGUGCUCGUUUCGCGAGUCACUGGCAGGAGGAGGAAGAGCUGGAGGCGAAGAAGGAGGAGGAGGAGCAGCACCGGAAGCAGCGUCGCGUGGAUCUUGAACUGAGAGGUCGGCCGAUGUCGCAGAACAAUGCGAUCCCGCCGCUCGCGCGGCCACCCUCCUCCCCGCAGACGAACGCAAACAGCCUCGACGCACCAGCCACCGACGUAUCCGCCACGACGAACAACAACGCCGACGACGGAGAUCAUCACCAUCAACAGCACCAGAACGCAACAGUUUCUGCCCGUGUCCACGACCAUAAUCGGCCAUUUCCACCGCCUAGAGUACCCAUUGUCCACGUUGCCGCGGCAGCUGCUAGCACCGCGCCAGCACCAGCCAUCUCGACAGGUCCGUCGAAUCCGAGAGUACCGGUCACUGCACCGCUCAGUCCCCUCUCGAGCACCUUCCGAAGCAGACCUCGAAACGUCGACACCUCCAACGAGACGAACGACACACCACCGAGAAGUCCUAUCGGCGAGGUGAGCCUGACCGUACCGAGACCGGAUGGCGAACGUGCCAUCAACGAGUACGUCGAGGCUCCGUUCAAGCAACACUGCAACCAGGAGCAACGGAACCGUUUCGACGACGAGAACAAACGGGGGAUCGAUUGCCCGAAGAUCGACCGAAGGCAUCGACAGAACAAAGGUGCCUUCACCGGUUCCUCCGUAGCAGCGACUCAUCGAUUGCACGCGAGCAGGAAUCAAGCGUUUCGCGGAGGACUGAAUACGAGCAGCGGGGCGAACGCGACCCCGUCGGCUGGUUCGAUAGCCGCGAACACGACGCAACCGAACGCCGUUACCAAGCAACCAGUCUCGUUCACCAAGGAACCGGCGAACAGUCUCGCCUCGAGGACCUACGACCCGGCCGGUUUGUCCAUCAUGUGCAAUUUCUGCGGCAGAUGUCGAUGCGAGUCGUGUAGAGAACCACCGCCGUUGCCUAGCAAAUGGUUGUGCGACAACAAGUGUUUCUGCUCGGCCGACACCAUAUUGGACUACGCCUCAUGUCUGUGCUGCGUGAAAGGACUGUUCUAUCACUGCGUGGACGGAAGUAACGGGGGCGGUAUCGACGGCGAGGCGGCCGGAAGCUGCGCGGACGAGCCGUGCUCGUGCACAGGGAACAGGAGGGCGUCCAGGUGGGCCUGUCUCGGCGCGCUCACCCUCGUCAUGCCGUGUUUAUUGUGCUACUGGCCGUUCAAGGGUUGCGUCGCGUUGUGCGAGACGUGCUACGCGAGGCACGCGGCCCAAGGCUGCAGAUGCAACCCGAACACCAUCGGCAAUUCCGCGAACAGGCAUCAUCCGAUGUCGGGGAACGAUAUCGGUGACUCGAGGGAUCCGGAGAAGAGGUUGCUCGACCCUGUCACACCGGAACUCUAACCUCGUGGAUGAACUCUCGAAUAAUUGGUGUAUAUCGCAAAGGGGGACACGAUAUACGUAUAUCGUCGGCUCUUAUUAGGCUAUCGAGAGAGAGAGAGAGAGAGAGAGAGAGAGGGAGCAAAGUGAAUUGCAUUAAGUACAAGAGUUGCAUUUAAGUCGAAGAAACGAAGAUGCGUUGGAAGAUUCUGACGGAUUUUCCUUUUUUUUGCUGUAGUACGCCUGACGCGAGUCGCGAGUGUUUUAUUUAUUAUUCUUCCAUGCGCGCGCGAGAGUGCGGAGCG